AUGCAGGACAACGUAAAGACCAAAAUAAAUGAUGCCAAGUCGGGCCUAAUGAGCUUCUUGGGCACUACGGAAGCGGAAAGUGUUCUACAGGAGGAGUCUGACCAGAAAAACUUGGACAAAUCGAGAGAGGAUGUACAAAGAGCGGACGUGAGUAGCUUGAGUGAAAAGGUCCAAGACGAUUCAUUGUCUGCUAACCAAGAUUCGGAUGUUUUAAAAAAAAGGAAAACGGGAACAGUUCUGAGCAGGCGAAGUGAGAACUGUGAGACAUCCAAAGAGGGAAGCAAGGCAGAAGAUAGUGCUGCAAAGUCCACCAGAGGAAAUGAAGACGCAGGAAAGGAAGUAUGCCGAACAGACUCAAAGGGAAAGGAAGAAUUGGGAAAGACAUGCGCUACAUCGGAAAAAAAAAUAAAACGAAACAACCUCUCGGACGUAGAGUACAUAGAAAGUCUGAAGUGCGAAAUUGAUGAAAAACGAGAUGGACAGCCUAUCCAAAAAUAUGAGAGCAAACUGAACCCAGUGGCCCCGGAAUUCAAGCCGCAGAACUCGCUCUAUGUGUAUCAGAAGAUGCAGCAACACACAACAAAGAAUCUCGUAAUGCUUAUAAAAUCCUUCGGGUACCAGGGAAUCAAGAUGGAGAAAAUUUCGGGGGAAUACUGCAAGAAGUACAACGCCCUGCUUAAUUUGAGGCACGCGGGGUUUAGCAACAUUUACAAUAUGGUCAGGAGCCUGGACCACUGCUUGAUUUGCGAGGAGGUUGGAGGAGCGGUGGAAAUUGCGGCAGACAAAUCGGCAGACAAAUCGGCAGGCAAAUCGGCAGACAAAUCGGCAGACAAAUCGGCAGACAAAUCGGCGGAAGAAUGCGAGGAGCCACAUGACAGGGACUCCACCCCAAAUGAACCAAAACAAGCAAAUCACGACUCAGAAAAGAAUCUAAUCAUAAAAUAUAAAACGCCAAAGAUGAGCGAAGACAAACAAUUUUUUCUAAAAGUCAUUCUAGGCACCAUCGCGAAAUGCACCAACUACAAUUCUCAGUUGACGGAGGAAGAAACACCAGCGAAUGGUAGUGUCUCCUUGACGAAGCUGCAGCAGGAGGUGAAGAAGCUCUUCGGGUCGUCUUUCAAUUUAAAAAUUUUGCAGACCAGAUGUGGAAUCGAUAAACUUCAAGCAUUCCUAGAAGAGAUCCAAGAGAUACAAAUAAUGUCCCUUCCUAAUGAUGUGAAACUUAGAAUUACUCCACUAACUUAUAGUCAUAAGAUUCCGGAUCUGAAAUCGAUAAGGUCGUUACCGAGCAAUGAGUUCAAAGUUAAUGCACCUUCCAAAAUGGGUAGCAAAAAAGUCUCCGUCUCGACCCAUUUCAAUGAUCAGGAUUUUAGGUCGAAUUCAUUUAACGGGGGAGACAAUAGUAUCCUUAGUGCACUGAACAGAAGGGACAGAGGAUCCCUUAGCAAUGUACAGCUGGGGAGUGUUCUCACUGGGAAGAACGACGCUAAGAGGAAAAAAUUUCAUUCCAAUGGCAAUUUUGCGUUGCCGACUUCCAAGUCGCAUGAGCGCCUCUGGAAGGGUCUUAGCGGUGGAAGUGUACUUAGAAGCGGCGGGAGUAUCCUUCGAAGCGGUGACAGCCUGCUUCAUGGCCUACUCGACAACAACGUGCCCGGUGACGGCAAUGGCGACAGCGAGUCGGCCCUCCAAAUCAACGGGAGCUUUACCCAGGACCCUUGCGCCAAUUUAAUGUGCAAGUUUAGCAGCCACGGCAACCCGUGCAUGUACUCGAGCGACUGGGUAGGCAUCUCUCCCCACAACCAGCCUUCAAAGAAGCAUUUGAAGCAGCACUCAAACGGGAGUCAUAACCUCAGUCAACACCCGAGUCGACAGUCGAGUCAACACCCCUUCAUCAAAAUGCUCACCAAGACACAACUACACAUUCUGCUGUACCAGCUGGUAGUUGUCCUCACGGAGAGGCAGAAGAUGGAAUGGGAGGACAUCGUUAAAAUAAAGGAGGAACUCCUGCACCAGUGUGGUAGCAGGACAUACGAAAAUGAGGACUUCGGAAGGGAUGAAGUGGAGGUGAGCAGGGAACAAGUGUGUGCUGAUAAGGUAGAGGUGGAUGGUGACGGUGCAAAGGAGGGUAGCAGCACAAAGGAGGGAAUAGCCUCCAAGGAGUGUAACAGCUCAAAGGAACAGCCUAAUGAGGCCCACCCGGGGGAUGACAAAGGAGAAGAGCAACGAAACAACUCAACCAUGGACACAUCCGAUUUUGUGCAUGAAAUGAUCACCACACAAGAGACGGCGAAGCAGAGCAUAUCCGAGAAGACGCCAUCUGGAGAGUAUUCGAAGGACCAACUAUCGAGUUCGCUUGAGAAAGGCACAGGUGAAGAAGCAUCUCAAAACUUCAUCGGCGUGUUUGUUUCCUCCAUUAAGAGUGAAUGGAAUAAGGCCUACUCGGAGCAAUACCCUUUGAGCUUUUACCUAAACCACUACAAGGCAAAGAAGCUGAGGAGACUUCUGGAGGAAAUCCCGAACCUUGUUAUUGCCGGGUGUAGUAGGAGCAUACAGGUCUUUACCCUAGACACGGCUCAAUAUUUUUAUGACAAUUUUUCUUCCGAGGAGCUUUCUAGUUUGAAGACCUUCGCCCGGUGCAAGUUCACUCCGAUGAGUGGUUCGCACUACUUCAAGGACGCCACGUAUAAGGACGUCGCCAUGGAAUUCGCCAGAGGGGACUGCUCAAAGAUGAUGAAGGUGCUGGGACUGGACCACCUCAAGCCCCCCCUCUCGACCGUCAGCAAGAGCUAUGAAAAAAUUAUGAGCCAAUCCAGGAGAAACCGCAGCAUUAACCGCAUGGGCAGUUACAUAAACUACAGCAACAAGAUUUUCGGGCACGCAAGUGGGGACAGAAAUUCGACGCCGUUCCUCCCAAAUGGGGGAGGUUCAUUUGUCAGGAGCGAAGAAGGAGGUCCCUUUCUUCAGGGCGUUCCAUUCCUGCAGAGCAGCGGAGAGCAGACCAACCUGGAGGUGCUACGCUACCACCUGCACAAGCUUCUCUACAAUCUGGUGAUCCAUGUCUGCAAAAAUCAAAACUCGUUGCACCUAGCAUACAAGAAAAGUGGAGUGAUCCUCAGCGAGUAUGAAAUGAACAAGCAGAUGUGUGGCCCGAUAUACUACUCCUCCGAUUUAACAUAUGAAGAUUUCAUAACAGAUAGACAGAGCUUAUUUGAAAAGGAACAAGCCGCCAAGACGCUGUUUCUUCUGUCUCAACAUGGGAUCUAUGGGAUCAAAUUCAUACAUCUAACUAAUGAGUGGUAUAAACUCUACAAAUGCGAGUUGCGACCCCUCAUGCGUAUUUGCAAAUAUAAUGAAAUUGGCAGGAUGAUUUGCAGCAUGCCCAAUGUGCUCGUCGUGGGAGAGGGGUUCGACACCAAGUACAUUCCCAGCAUGGAGGUCGACGGGGAGCAAAACCGCUUGGACGAAUUUUCAGCCGGCAGCCUCGCCAAAGUCAUCUCCGACAACUUCCCGCAGAACCUGCACGGCGCCUUCCCAGGACGAUCGCAAGCCGGAGCAGCCACUCAGACGAAGAAGAGUGGGCCCUAUGAAAGCAUCAUGGAGGUCCUCUUUCCAAAUAUAACAUCCCAGAGGAAUACAACCUUGCAUAAGAGCCACAGCGGAAGUGUUCCCUUUUUUAGGAACAACAUCGGCGGCUAUGGAAAGGACACGUCUGGCUUCUUCGGCGCGUCAGACAGUUUCGCAUCCAAGGGGGACAUAAAUAUAAGCAGCCUAUUCAGAAAUUUGUAA